AUGGGUAUUUCUCGUGAUUCUAUGCACAAGCGCCGUGCGACCGGUGGAAAGCGUGCUCAAUUCCGCAAGAAGAGAAAGUUCGAGUUGGGUCGUCCUGCUGCUAACACUAAGGUAUGUAUUUGUAGGAUAUUUACAAAAUUUUUGAUUUUUGGUCGAAGAUUAAUUGAAAAGUUUAAUUUUACAAAGAUAUGUUUUAGAUUGGCCAACACCGUGUUCAUUUGGUAAGAUGUCGCGGAGGAAACCUUAAGUACCGUGCUCUCCGUCUCGAUACUGGAAACUUCGCUUGGGCUUCUGAAGGUAAUUCUAAACUUUUUGUUUAAAAUUUAGGAUUUCUUAUGCAGUUAAUUCUGAAUGGAGUACGGCAAUAUUUUUUGAGCUUUAUUCUUCGUCGUUAUACUGUGUAUUUCUGUGUUAAAGAAUUUAAAACACGCAAGUCAUUUUUGUAGGAACUACCAGAAAGACCCGUAUCAUUGACACCGUCUACUCUCCCUCUGGUAACGAAUUGGUGAGAACCAAGACUUUGGUCAAGUCCAUGGUUGUCUUAGUUGAUGCCGUUCCAUUCCGUUCAUGGUAUGAAUCCCACUAUGCCCAGCCUUUGGCCAGGAAGAAGGGACAAAAGUUGGCUCCAGAAGAAGAAGAAAAAUUUAACACCCUCAAGGAAAAGUCGGCCAAAACCCAGAAGAAAUACACCGAACGGCAGAAGACCUCGGCUGUGGAACCCCAUCUUUUGGAACAAUUCCAGACUGGUCGUCUGCUGGCCGUGAUUUCAUCCCGACCUGGACAAGCAGGACACGCCGACGGAUACAUCUUGGAAGGCAAGGAACUCGAAUUCUACCUUCGUAAGAUCAGGGCCAAGAAAGCCAAGUAA